CUUCAGGACAGAGGCAGCCCAUCCGCAGUGUCUGCGCCCGGUUUGUGUCAACUUGACGAGUCGAGAUGGCAAAUGUAUUGAGAAAUUCCGCCAAAUUCGGGUUUUCAGGUGUGUUGUCCCAGUUGUCCAUCCACAGUAGACAUGGGAGAGAGUGUGUGUCGCCAUGCUUCUCUCUGCAGCAGAGGAACAACUCUACCUCAACUAAGAUCAAGGUGGACCUGGACAGCAGUACAGGUGUAGCAGUGUUGAGGAUGCAGAGUCCCCCUGUCAACAGUCUGAGUCUGGACUUCCUCACUGAGUUCUGUAUCAACCUGGAGAAACUAGAGAUGGACAGGAGUUGUAGAGGUCUGAUCAUCACCUCGACCCUCUCCAAGGUGUUCUCUGCAGGGCUAGACAUCAUGGAGAUGUAUGGGAAAAGUCCGGAGCGCUGUGGAGAGUUCUGGAAGGCUGUUCAGGAGAUGUGGCUCAAACUCUACGGAUCCAACAUGGCUACCAUAGCUGCCGUCAACGGUUCUAGUCCAGCAGGUGGCUGUCUCAUGUCUAUUGGAUGUGACUAUAGGAUCAUGGCUGAUAACCCUCGCUACAGCAUCGGACUCAACGAGACUCAGCUCGGCAUCGUAGCUCCCUUCUGGUUUAAGGACACGCUGGUGAACACGGUUGGUAACCGGGCAGCAGAGCUGUCGUUGGAGCUGGGUCUGUUGUACAGCGCUCCUGAUGCCCUGAAGAUCGGCCUGGUGGACCAGUUAGUACCUGAGGACCAGGUCCUCUCCACUGCACAGGACACCAUGUCCAAGUGGCUGGCUGUACCAGACCAUGCCAGACAGAUCACCAAGUCCAUGAUGAGGAAACCGACCAUUGACAAGCUGCUGUCUAACAGGGAAGCUGACAUCACCAACUUUGUGAGCUUCAUCACUAAAGACUCCAUCCAGAAGUCCCUUCGCAUGUACCUGGAGAUGCUCAAGAGUAGAAAGGCCUAGUCUGGGGCCCGAACGGCUCCCCGAUCCCCUUUAGGGCUUCUAACGGCUCCCCGAUCCCCUUUAGGGCUUCUAACGGCUCCCCUUUAGGGCUUCUAACGUCUCCCUGGUUCCCUUUAGGGCUUCUAACGGCUCCCCUUUAGGGCUUCUAACGGCUCCCCUU